AUGCCGCUUCUACGCGAGCUUCACGCAAUUUUAGGUAACUGCGCCACGACAAGCCCCCCCUUGUCUGUGGAUUCAGAGGUGGGGGUAGUAAUCUCAGCCACUGCUGAUGAUUCUGCGGACGGCGAAGAUGUGGAGGAGGACCCGGAGGAGGACGAGAUGGCAGAGACCACACAGCACUCCAUUCCCCCCAACAGCCAGGAUCUUUUCCUCACCCUGACAGAAGUACCCUCCCAGCCCUCUCAAGCCAGUAGCACAGACAAUGAAGCCGUGGAAGCGACCUCUGCUGCACAUUUCUCCAGCCUCCCUUCUCCUGUCCGAAGGAUAGGUCAGAUAAGGAGGCUGAGGAAGAAGAGGACACGGGAUGAGAUGUUCACAGAAAUAAUGGCAGUAACCCGCAAUGAAAGAGCUCAUCUGGGGGAGUGGAAACAUGUGGUCGCAAAGUACAGGGACGCUGCCAGUGAACGUGAGGACAGGAGGGACCAACGUGAGGACAGGAGGGACGCUAAAAAUGACAUGUGGCGGCAGGAAGAUCAGCGGUGGCGGGAUGCAACGCUGGAGCUUCUUCGCGAUCAGACUGACCUCCUCCGAAGUCUGCUGGAAGAGCUGCGGGGCUUGUAA